UCCUAUAUUUACUAUAGGAUCAGUGGAUCUCAUUCAGCUUAACCUUUUAGAGUAUAGACCUACUGUUUUAUCGAUCAAAACAAAAUUAUUUUAAAAUGACCACCACUGAAUCAAUAGAUCUUCAAGUAGUGCAGGGGAAAAAGUGCUAUAAAAUAUAUAAUGCAUGAUGCAUCUUGAGCAAGUCACGCUUCAACAAUUGCUGUUAGUUUUUGGUUGACAAAUGCUUUAGAAAUGAACAAAUUACUGAGAAUUACGGAUCUUGAGCAAAUAUUGAGCAAGUCAUGGGUAUUUUAACAUAAUUUUCACUGUUACCAAUGGAUGAAAUAACUUCAAAUGAUGACCAUGAAGAAUAUCAGUACCUGAAUUUGGUUAAGCGAAUAAUAAACGAAGGAUCAAAGAAAGAUGAUCGCACCGGUGUUGGCACGUAUUCAAUUUUUGGAACACAAAUGCGAUUUUCUUUGAAAAAUGGUGUAUUUCCAUUACUCACUACAAAAUCAGUAUUCUGGAAAGGUGUAGUUGAAGAACUUUUAUGGUUCAUCAGUGGAUCAACGAAUGCUCAUAAAUUGUCUGAAAAGGGUGUUCGAAUUUGGGAUGCAAACAGCUCAAGAAAAUUUCUAGAUAGUCUUGGAUUUCAGAAUAGGGAAGAAGGUGAUUUAGGUCCAAUUUAUGGAUUCCAAUGGAGACAUUUUGGAGCUCAGUAUACUACUAUGCACGCAGACUAUACCGGGCAAGGUGUAGAUCAACUUCAAAAUGUGAUUGAUACCCUUCGUACUAACCCAAAUGAUCGACGAAUGAUCAUGUCCGCAUGGAAUCCUGUUGAUAUACCGAACAUGGCAUUACCACCUUGUCACUGUCUCGUCCAAUUCUAUGUUAGUAAUGGUGAACUUUCUUGUCAUCUUUAUCAACGCAGUGCUGACAUGGGUCUUGGAGUUCCGUUUAAUAUUGCAUCUUACUCGCUUUUGACGUACAUGAUAGCACACAUAACUAAUUUAAAGCCUGGAGAAUUUGUUCAUACAAUGGGCGAUUGUCACGUGUAUGCAAACCACAUUGAUGCUUUAAAAAUUCAAUAUCAACGUAAGCCAAAACCAUUUCCAACAUUGAAAAUUACAAAAGACGUUAAAGAAAUCGAUGAUUUCACUGCAUCUGAUUUCGAGUUGAUCGCUUAUAAUCCGCAUCCAAAAAUAGCGAUGAAAAUGGCUGUUUGAAAAAUCAAUUUUCAUCACUUUAAAUUAUCGUUA